CGCGGCACAGGCUGGCGCGGGGCUUGCGUCGCCGUCGCGGCCGGCAGAGGGAUUCUGGGUAACGGCCCCAGCCGGCUGGGGCGGCUGGCUCCGCGCAGUAGGUUCAGCUCACGCCAAGUCUGUUGGCAGUGGGGAUUGUAGGGCCGGGGGCAGCCGGACAUGGAGCAGCCGUGGCCGCCGCCAGGACCUUGGAGCCUCCCUCGGGCAGAAGGUGAGGCUGAGGAAGAGAGUGACUUGGACGUGUCCCCCGGUUCUCCUCGCUACCCGCAGCUGCCGGGAGGCGGCACCCAGAUGUAUAGCCAUGGAAUUGAAAUGGCUUGCCAAAAGCAGAAAGAGUUUGUGAAGAGCUCUGUGGCGUGCAAAUGGAAUCUCGCUGAAGCUCAGCAGAAACUUGGUAGCUUAGCACUGCAUAACUCUGAGUCCUUGGAUCAGGAACAUGCCAAAGCACAAACAGCAGUAUCAGAACUGAGGCAACGGGAAGAAGAAUGGCGGCAGAAAGAAGAGGCUCUAGUACAAAGAGAGAGAAUGUGUCUGUGGAACAUGGAUGCCAUUAGCAAGGAUGUUUUUAAUAAGAGUUUUAUUAAUCAAGAUAAAAGAGAAGAAACAGAAGAUGAAGAUAAAUCAAAAUCAUUUAUGCAGAAACAUGAGCAGAAAAUCAGACAUUUUGGUAUGUUAAGUCGAUGGGAUGAUAGUCAGAGAUUUUUGUCUGACCAUCCAUACCUUGUAUGUGAAGAAACUGCUAAAUAUCUUAUUUUAUGGUGUUUUCAUCUAGAAGCUGAACAGAAAGGGGCUCUGAUGGAACAAAUAGCACAUCAAGCAGUUGUAAUGCAGUUUAUUAUGGAAAUGGCCAAAAACUGUAAUGUGGAUCCAAGAGGAUGUUUUCGCUUAUUUUUCCAGAAAGCCAAAGCAGAGGAAGAAGGUUAUUUUGAAGCAUUCAAAAAUGAACUUGAAGCUUUCAAGUCAAGAGUAAGACUUUAUUCUCAAUCACCAAGUUUCCAACCUAUGACAGUUCAGAAUAAUGUUCCCCAUUCUGGUGUUGGAUCUAUAGGUUUAUUAGAAUCCUUACCACAGAAUCCAGAUUAUCUUCAGUAUUCUAUCAAUACAGCUCUCUGCAGUUUAAACUCAGUGGUACAUAAAGAUGAUGAUGAACCCAAAAUGAUGGACACUGUAUAAUUUGGUUAAGACUGCUGAAGCCAAGUGCUAUUUUGCUACAAGAAAGGAAGAACUUGGCUAUUCUCUUGACACUUUUAUGGGUGCUGCACUUUAUUUUUGUUUGGUUUUUGAUGGGAGGGAAUACAAAGAGUACUGAAACGUUUUGUAAAAUUUUUUUUAUGUGCUGCUAGGUUUUUUUGUUUUGUUUUUUUUCCUGAAGAGAGGAGUGGUACCAUAUGUUGCAAGAAGUCAAACUGGACUUUUUUUUGGUUGUUUUAGCUACUAAAUUUGCCUUUAAUCUUAUUGUUCUCAAUUUUGGAAUCAAAGUAUGAAAAUCUGCACAAAUGCAAUGUUUACAAGAACUGGUUGAUUCUAGGAGGCAUCUGCUACAGUCUUUUUAUAUGGAUAUGUACAUGUCCUACUCUACAAAAAUGAUUAAAGAUAAAAAUGUACUUGUAUCCUAUUGCUAAUUUAGCUGUCAAAUCUGGUGUUUCAUCAUAUUAAAAGCAAUAAAUCAGUAGUUGAUAAUCUACUUUACUAAAUAAGCGGGGUGGUACAAAUUAAAACAAAAUCUUUCCCCUUAAAAUAAUAUUAUUUGUUUUUUCGGCACCAUCAGUUAAAUCCUUGACUAUAAUAUCAAUUUUAUAUAGAUACUAAAUUUACCCCCAAGUAUUCUCAGAACUGUAUUCCUUAGUAGUUGAUUCUACCCUGUUGACAUUUUAAUAUUAGGGUUAUAUAGUGAUAUAAAAAGUGAUAAAGCUAAUACAGAUUUUUUUUUUAAUGAGAGGAACUCCAAUCUCACUCUUAAUUUCUUUACUUGACAUAGUCUGGGAUCUCUCAGGGAGCAAGUUUUAAAAGAAUACUAAUGGCCUGUAAGAACAAAUAGGGAAAAAUAAUCUGAUUUUUAAAAUUGUGGUUAUUGUUUGUUUUACUCUGAUGUGGCCCAAAGACUUUUUUAAAAAGGCAAGAGAAAUCUUUUGGAGCUAAUUACUUAUUUCUAAGAAUUUGGUGAUCCUUACUGGUAAUGAUGGCUUUUACUACAUUUGUCAUUCCUCUCUUUAGCUUAGUUACCAUGGAAUGCUUCUGAGCUUUACUACUUCCUAUAUAAUUCACUUUAAAUAUGCCAGGAUAUUUGAUUAUUCAUUUUAUUUGGAAUGAGAUGACAAUGUUAAUUAUUCUGUCCUUAUUAUUUGAGGAUUAACCUUCUGACUUAUAGGAACAUGAGCUUUGAUUUGAAACCAAUGUAGUCUUUGGCUCAGUCCCAUUGAGACUAGUAGCAAACAUUUAGAAGAUGACUAAAUGGGAUUUGGACUACACGUCUCAAUUUGAGAAGCCAGAUGAUGCCAAGGGACCCACAUGGUGAUCAGACCUGUUAUCUUGGCCUCAUUUGCACCUUGUUUUAACUAAUCUGAGGUGAUAAGGCACUUAGUACCCAUAGAAAUGGACUGGAAUUAUUGAAUCUACGUAUGUAACAUCACAAUCUUCCUGGUUUUAAGAAUAAAGCUGUUUUUGUGCUUUUGAUAUAAAUACAUACUCUAUAAUAAAAU